AUGCAGCCCCAAAACCUCUGCCUCCAUAGAACCCUAAAUCCUAAUCUCUUCCACUUUCCGGCCAACCUUAGUCACCCCCUUAUCAAACACUCGCCUCAUUUUCACCGUUCCUCCGCCGUCCCAAAACGGCUAAUAAUCCGCUCACAGCACCCUAGCCCAAUUUUCCCCCACCGCCGCAAUGACCACCGGCGUCCGGACGUCCGUUCAUUCGCCGGCCGUAGCAAGGGCAAGCCCGGAGGUGAAUCAUCCGGCCGCAUCGAGGGCGGCGCCGACAUCCGCCGCGAGGCCAAGCGGAACGCCCGCCGGAGAAGCAGGAAACUGGCGGAGAAUGAGAAAAAAUCAAAGUGUCUCGAGUUCUUGUUCACUAACCAUCCGGUUAUGCUUUUGCACCCGUAUACUAAGGAGUGGAAGCUGAAGUUGGAGGAGAUGGAGUUGGGUUGUGAUGCACCGGACGAGUUUGAGUUUGAAGAUGGUGAAAAGGAGAUUCUUGAUUGGGUUGAGGAUGAUAGUAAUAAUGAUGAUAAUAAUGAUGAUGAGUAUGAUGAAGAUGAUGAUGAUGAUGAUAAUGGAGUGCCGGAUGAUGUCAUUGAUGACGUGAAAGGAGAAGGGGAUGAGUUGCUAGGGAUUCGAGAGGAUGAGGAUGAGUCUGGCCCCGAGCAAAAUGCGGAGUAUUGGGAUGAAGAAUUUAAGAAGGCGAUGAGGAGCAACGAGGGUAUGGAGAAGCUUGUGGAGAGGAGUAUAGAGACGGCUAAUAAGUUUUACGAGGGUCAAAUGGGGUUAAAUGAAGAGGAGAGUAAUAAAGGGAGGGAUUUGAAGGGAGAUGGGGAUGAGUUGGAGAUGAGAGGGAAAAGGGCGAAAGUGAGUCGAGAAGAAUGGAAGCUUCUGGGCUACGGGCCGUACAGGAGAAAGGUUCGCAAGAGUAAGAUGCCACCCGGGUUGUUUUUGAAAGCGGCUGUUCGGCCGUUCACUUACAGGAAUCUGGUGAAAGAGAUUGUGCUCACGAGGCACGCGAUUGUUGAAGGGGAAAUUGGUAUGAAGAAGAAGAAGUGA